AUGCCUUUAGGUAGCAAGAAAAAUGAAAAGGUCAUGCCUGAGCAAAUUGAGACCUCGGAGACUAACACAAAAAAAUCUGAAACCCCCCAAAUCUCCGUGCUGAAGGAAUUGACUCCAUCCAUGGUGGAAAAUGAUACUCAUUCUGUGUCGACUGAGUCUCAGUAUUCAACGUUCUCAGACUUAAAAAUGGAGAUAAAGAAAGCAGAAAUGGUUACAGUUACUCCAUUUUCUGCAAUUAUUGUACCAUCAUUGCUUCACAUUGACGCUUCAAACAACCUGUGGACGUCAGACAUACGUCAGACAGUUAAGAUCCGAAUGGAGAAGUUUGGGCCUGGUUCAGAAGCUCCUAUCACAAUUCAUCAAAUGUUCAAGCACUCUAUGGAGAAGUAUCAAAAACAUAUCGCUUUAGCUUACAAGCAUGAAGAGAACUGGCACAAGAUAUCCUACCGAGAAUUCUACAAUGAAUCCAGAAGGGCGGCAAAAAGCUUUCUAUAUCUUGGCCUGGAGCUGUACCAUGGAGUUGGUAUCAUCGGAUUCAAUUCUCCAGAGUGGUUCUUUGCAAACAUGGGAGCGAUUCUGGGAGGUGGUGUGUCUGUUGGGAUUUACACAACAAACUCGCCCGAAGCGUGUCAAUAUGUGGCCUUCGACUGCAAGGCAAAUAUUCUGGUGGUGGAGAACCACAAACAACUGGAGAAAAUCCUCAAGAUCCAAAAUAAAUUGCCCCAUCUCAAAGCGAUUGUUCAGUACAAGGGUCACCUGAAAGAAAUUCUUCCGAACGUUUACACAUGGAGGCAAUUUAUGGAACUGGGGGCAAAAGUCUCGGAUAAGAAGCUGGAUGAUAUUAUUGAGAAGCAGAAUGCCAAUCAGUGUUGUUUGAUUAUAUACACAUCUGGCACCACAGGAAAUCCCAAAGGAGUCAUGCUCAGCCACGAUAAUAUAACAUGGACUUCAUAUUGUGCAGGGAAAAUGGUGGGGGCUGACAUUCUGGGUGAACAUGAGCGUAUUGUGAGUUAUCUGCCUUUGAGUCAUAUUGCGGCACAAAUGUUUGACCUCUGGAUUCCAAUAAGAUAUGGAGGGACCACAUUUUUUGCAGAUGCAGAUGCACUCAAGGGUUCCUUGGUGAUCACCCUGAGAGAAGUACAGCCCACAAGCUUUUUAGGAGUGCCCCGCGUGUGGGAGAAGUUACAGGAAAAAUUGAGGGAAGCUGGACUUAAAUCAUCAGCUCUGAAGCGGAAGAUUGCAGCUUGGGCAAAGCGUCUGGGCUUGAGAGCGAGUGAGAACAUUAUGGCUGGAAAUGACGUAAUGCCCUGUGGGUACUCACUGGCAAACAGCCUGGUGUUUAAGAAAGUUCGUAAAGCACUGGGUUUGAACCACUGUGGGAAGUGUUUCACUGGAGCAGCACCCAUCACUAAAGAAACACUGGAAUUCUUCCUUAGCCUCCAUAUUCCAAUCUAUGAGCUUUACGGCAUGAGCGAGACUAGUGGGCCACACACAAUUUCCUAUGCAGGAGCCUUCCGUACUACAAGUUGCGGGAAGCAGUUACUUGGUUGCAAGGUAAUGCUUCACAAACCGGAUGAGAAUGCAAAUGGAGAAGUCUGUUUAUGGGGAAGGAAUAUCUUCAUGGGAUACUUGAAUAUGGCAAAACAGACUGAAGCGGACGUAGAUAAGGAUGGCUGGCUGCAUUCUGGAGACUUGGGACAACUAGAUCAAGAUGGUUUCUUGUAUAUAACUGGUAGAAUAAAAGAAUUGAUCAUCACAGCUGGUGGAGAGAACAUUCCUCCAAUCCCCAUUGAGGAUGCUAUCAAAAAGGAAAUUCCGAUCAUCAGCAAUGCCAUGCUCAUUGGUGAUAAAAAGAAAUUCCUCAGUGUACUGCUGUCAUUGAAGUGUAUGGUCAAUGAGCAAACUGGAGCACCAUUGGAUGCACUUAGUCCAGAAGCCAUUGCUUUUUGCAAACAGCUUGGGAGCCACGCUACAAAAGUGUCUCAGAUUGUGAAUAAUAAAAACUCUACCAUUUAUAAAGCCAUUGAGCAGGGCAUUGAUAGAGUGAACAAAAAGGCAACUUCGAAUGCUCAGAAAAUCCACAAGUUCUUCAUUGUGUUGACAGACUUCUCGAUCACUGGAGGAGAAUUAGGUCCAACAAUGAAAACGAAAAGGCCGGUUGUGCACCAGUUGUACAAAAAUCAAAUCGAUGCUCUUUAUAUAAGUUAAAGUCUCUCCACGGAUGGUUUUACAGAAUGUUUAUGAAAAAAGAAUCAACCUUGAAGUCUCUUAAAACUAUUAAAACCAGCAAAUUCCGUAACUGCUUAAUUUUCAAUAUAUGAUGGAAGGUUUAUUUGCUUGGAGAUAAGUAACAAACUGACAUGGUUUUAUUUUUUAGGACGUUUCAAUUGGGGAAUUCAGAAUAAAACUUAUAUAAAAAAAAUUGUC